CGCUCGCUCGGGUCGGCCCCGACUCGAGCAGUCGCCACGCUGGCCACGCCACCGGACAGCCCCUCCGUGGGCAGCUGUGUGCUCGAGACGAUCGACCUGCCGAGCCGGCAGCACCUGCGAGCGGCGCCUGUCCGCCUGGAGGAGCUCUGCCGGGACACCAAGUUCACCAAGCGCGAGAUUCGGGUGAUGUACCGCGGCUUCAAGCAGGAUUGCCCGGAUGGCAUAGUACAAGAGGAAACAUUUAAGGAAAUAUACGCCAAGUUUUUUCCCUACGGUAAUUCCAGCUCAUAUGCUCACUACGUGUUCAAAGCCUUCGAUGUUAAUAGCAACGGCGAAAUCGGCUUCAAGGACCUGCUGGUCAGCCUAUCCACCCUGCUGCGCGGCACCGUUUACGACCGGCUCAGCUGGAUCUUCAAGCUGUAUGACGUCGACGGCGAUGGCUGCAUCACCAAGCGGGAGCUGCAUGAGAUCAUCGCCUCGAUUUACGACAUCGUCGGGCGGGACACCUCGCCGCUGGACGAGAGGCGCAUCCGGGAACACUCGGAGAAGGUGUUCGGAAAACUGGACCGGCACCGGACCGGUGUCGUCACCGUCGACCAGUUCGUCGACGCCUGUCUCAAGGAUGACGUCAUAUCCUCGUCUCUUCGAGUCUACAGCACCGGCUUCGAACACGUAUGCUGACCAGUUGAAGUCUUCCCGCAGAGAUAGGUGCUCGGUGGUAUGAAUCCUGGUUAACAACUGCAAAGAAGCCAUCAUCUGGCUAAAUUACACAACUUCUGUUAGCUGGUUCUUUCAACGUUUGUGAAUAAGUGGAGCAGGAACAUUGGGAAAGCAAGCCAAUAACUUCAUGAAUUACGUCAUUGGCCUGCUAGUAGUCGGCUGGUUUCUCACUAUUGGGACAGUGUUAUGGAAUCUCCUGGCCACGGUGGACAGUGAUUGAUGUUAAUAUCUCAACGCCGUCGAAUGCUUGGUAGUGGCAGAUUUUUACAGUGCGACAAAGAUCGUUGUGUGGAUAUUCAUCGCCUUUUAGUCAUAUGUGUUGCGUAACGAUCAAAGUGACAAUAGUCUCACUUGUCUUCACACCAAGGCAUUUGCCUCAAAGCUAUGGUGUGAUCCGCUGAGAGCAAUAUAUUAAGUGCAAGUGUGUGUCAGAAUAAUCUCAUAUGUGAUUGUUAUCAGCGUUAAUCCUAGUGACGAGCUAUUGUUAUCAGAGCUGCGAGUUAGUGCUGUUACAUGCAUUCAUGUUCUGCGUGUCUGCACAUUAUAGUUCGUUUUGAUUGCGCUGAAGGUCUUUGGUAGAUCGUGGCUACUUUUAGUGACGAAUACCCCAACAAACUGGUUCGAGCAUUUCUAGCUAAUCUGAAACCGGAACCAUCAAGGUACUUCGGACCUAUUUGUUCAUUUUACACAAUCGCGUGGUAAACAAUGGAGUUUGUAAAUAUGUACACAAUCUUACUCUUAGCUAUGAUGAUGUAUUGUAUUCGUAGAUUGGACAAAGAAGCUAUCGUUAAUAUGCGCAUAUUACAGGCGAGCAUAUAAGCUGUUAUAAAGCCGUGCACUGUCGGUUAAGCUGAGGUGUUGCAUGAGAUGGAAUGUGAGAUAGUUGGCAAACAGGAGCUGUUUUAUGUUAUGCGUCAGUGCUCAGGAAAAUCGUGUUCUAUGACCAUUUUAUUAUUGUCAUUACUCCAUAGCACAUGGACAGAAGUAGUCUUCUGAAACGCUUAACCAAGUAGACCCUUGAGCAUUCGAAAUAAUUCAGUCCAUGACCAUCUAGCAAUAUACAGAAAAUGUGUGCAUGAGCUGUGAAGGUUUUCCGCACUGUUUGCUUCUUCAGGAUGGGGCACCAGACAUGGCGCUGAAUGUAUGUAGUUGUGAUAAUGCUGGCGUUGAAGUUGAACCGUGUUGUGAGUGCGUGAAUCAUCUUUUCUAGGCAGAAUCGCAGAAACUCUGCUUGCUUCUUUACAUCGCAUAAGUAUUAAUACAUUUCAGUCGCUGUG